CGGAAGCGUGGGGAUUACUUCCGGUGUGGUAGAAGAAGUUGCGGCUGUCGGUAGAAGCGCUGGAUUGGUGCCGACGGAGCUUUUAACAGAACAAGAGGAAGCUAUGGUGUGCAUUCCUUGCAUUGUCAUUCCGGUCCUCCUCUGGGUCUACAAGAAAUUCCUGGAACCAUAUAUCUAUCCUAUUAUCGCACCUUUAAUUAAGCAUGUGUGGCCCAAGAAAGCUGUACAAGAAACAAUAGCCACAAAACAAGGUCGAGGAGGCAGCAGUGGAAAUCCACAGGCACCUUCAGCCACGAAAAGAGAUCAGGAGGAUGAAUCUGGAAUUUAUAAAUUUGCAAGCAAUGGUGUUAAAAUUGGAAUUGCCACAAAGAGGUACACAAAAGUUUGUGACAAGAAAAUGGAUUAAAGGAAUUCAGUCCUAAGGAUUUUAUUCCCAUGUGUCCAAUAUAAACUGGUGGUAUUUCUCCUCGCACGUUGAGACUUUUUUUCUUUGUGUGUUUUAGCUGAAUAAAAUCCCUUAUGACUUACAGGAGAGAGUUUCUUUUGCCACAAAAAUGGUGGCUAGCACAUUUAUUUUAAAAUGUUUGAAAAUUCAAGUUCUAUUUUCCUCACUGGAACUGCUUUUCAUCUAUCAUCCAUUUGGUGUGAUUGGAGUUUAUGUUUAAUAACUUAUGAAUAAAUCUAGCUUUGAAAGGUAAA